AUGGCCCUAUGCCAAUACUGCAGCAACAUCCCCGCCAAGCUCUUCAGCACGCACCGCAACGACCAAAGCAACUACGACCACCAACCCUCCCUGAGCGCUUUGGAAAAUUCCGACUGCCCAGGAUGUCGCGUCUUCCUGCACGCGAUCGAGAGGAGCGUGCCGGAGCACUCGGGGAAGUACGCGCUGGCCAGGACGUGGAGCCCGGAGGAGCCGGUGCGCUUGGGCAGCACCAAGUUUGGCUGGCAGGUGGUCAUGGUCGGCUGGAGGCAGGCGGGACAUUUUCGCGGGUUCGCGGUCCCGGAUGAGUGGAGAACUGAAGAGCCACCACCACAACAAACUAGCCCCAGUGCGGUAGAAGAAGAAGAAGAAGACGGUUCAUUGGCGUAUCGAUCGUACGAGCCGCAGCUAAUACACCGCUGGUCGAAGCUCUGUCUGGAGAACCACAAAUGCCGCGCGCCCCAGACAACAACAACAACAACAACAACAGCUUUUCUCCCAACGCGGCGGAUCGAUGUAGGCACGAUCGCCGAGCCGAUCCUCUCGCUGGUCCCAUCUAUAGGGGCCGAUAACGGCAACAGCAACCUGUACCUCGCGCUAAGCCAUUGCUGGGGGCUAGCGAUGCCCGAGGCGGGCUGCACGACCUCGCGCACGCUUGAGCGCUACCAUGUCUCCAUCCCCGAGGAAAGCCUGCCGCGGACGUUCCGGGACUUUAUCGCCAUCGCGAGGCGCCUCGAGAUCCGCUAUGUGUGGAUCGACUCGCUCUGCAUUGUGCAGGACUCCCGCGAGGACUGGGAAAGGGAGGCCGCGCAGAUGGCGGAUGUCUACUCGAAUGCGUAUCUGACCAUUGCGGCGUCGGGAUCGGCUGAUGGGCGGGGCGGCUGCCAUGUGCUGGAUGGCGCGAGGUCGUGCGGGCCGGUGGAUAUUGCAUGUCAGGCCAGUAGUAGUAGUAGUAGGAGCCCAGAUUUACCGGCUGAUGAGAGCUCGUCGUCUGCGGUAGUAUUCCGCAUCUGGAGUCGAGACACCUACCCAGCCGGACAGGUGCUGCCGGCUGAUCCGCUGAUGACGCGCGGAUGGACCCUGCAGGAAAGAGAGCUCUCGCCCCGCAUGGUGCACUACUCCAAGGACACGAUACGGUGGGAGUGCCGCGAGCUGAGAGCCACCAUCGAGUUCCCCUGGGGCGACGCGGCCUCGUUCGAUGUAGGACGUUUGUUCGACGGCGGGUCGUCCAGCCGGCCGACGCUUAUCGGCCAGCCCAUCAACGACUCGAAGCCGCUGGACAAGGUCACUCGGCAGAGGCUGUCGUGGUUCGAGCUCGUCGAUCGAUACACCAGCCGCUCGCUGACCAAGCAAACGGACAUCUUGCCCGCGUUCUCGGGCAUCGCGAGAUCCAUAGCCGGGGGGACGUCGGAUGAGUACUGCGCCGGGCUGUGGAAGUCGUACUUUGCGCAUUGUCUGCUGUGGGCGAGCAACUGGCACGUAAGUCGCGGGAUCAAGCAGCACAGCCGUCCGGCGGGCUAUCUCGCGCCCAGCUGGUCGUGGGCCUCCGUCAAGGGUCCGGUGCACUACCUGUCCUGGGUAAACGGGUACUGGCACAGCUUCAACACGAACCCAGAUCCCGCUUACCUGCCUAGGCUCAUCGACGUCUCGCUGCAGGCGUCGUCGGAUCCGUACGGUAUGGUUACGGCUGGGUCCCUGAGAAUCGAAGGGAAGGUCGGGAUAGCGUUCUCCAAACAGGAGGCUUACGCCGCGCCGCAGAACCACCUAAACGUCACGUUCACAGCUGGGCCCCAGGACCGCUUGGAUCUCUUCGGGAUAGGGGCGGCGGGGACGGCCGAGAAGAUCGGUGAGAUACGCUACGACGUCCCGCUGUGCCCCGACUGCGCGCCCGUCGGGACGAUGCGGCUCGUGUGGUUGCUUUGCUGCAUGAACAGCGAGAAGUCCCCCGAUGGCAGCAUACGGACGAGUGCCAUUGCGUUGCAGGAUGAUGAGCGGGAAGACGACGGCGGAGGGUAUAUAUCCACGGUCGUGCCGACGCGCUAUCGGAGGGUCGGCGUGGUCUGGGGGAUCGAUCCUAAGUUCUGGGAGAGGGGGGUCACGGCUGCGACGCUUACGAUAGUUUAG